AUGGAUCCCGAAGUACAGGGUAUCCUCACUCGGUUCAAGGAUUUAAAGUCUACCUCUGCUCGCCGAGCUGUGUACCAUCUGCUUCUGGAGCAGAUGCACCCUUAUGAAUGGCGUGAUGUGCGUGAUCGCAUGAACCAAGUUUCCUUUCAAAAAGACAUCCUGGGCAGUCUGCCUACCGAGGUUGCUGUGCAAAUUUCUAGAUAUCUGGAUUUGUCAGAAAUCCAUAUUUUCCGAAGAGUCUCCAAGCGAUGGAAUUGUCUACUAUCCUCCACGCUAUUCCGUGAUGCUGUGUGCCUUCGAUAUGUCGGACACAACUGUAGAUCCGUUACACUAGAUUCGCCAGAUGCAUUCACACGAUAUGCCAAGCAGCGUAUUCGUUUGGAACGUGGACAGCCGAUCUCUAAAGUCCUCAACCGUCCGUAUUCUCCAAGGUCAAAUGCGGCAGGCUUAGUUGGUCUUGACUUUUCUCAUGGAAGCUAUGCAUGGAUUGAAGACGCGAUGGUCUAUGUCCAUAACCUCCGUUUGAAUACGACUCAGAGCUUCUGCACAGAAAACAGAGAUACAUUUACUGCAUUACGCGUUUCUGAAUCCAUUAUAGCAGCUAUAACAUUGCAUGGAUUCUGUCAUGUCUGGAGCCUUCAAACCAACGAUUCGGCGUACUUCCGACUGCCAUCGCUGCACUGGAAAUGCUUUGUUGUUCGCAAUAUGAAUGUCGCCAUGGCGUUCAAAAGCACCACGGCCAGCGGGUCGGAGUGUAUUAUACACUGGCAGUUUGACAGUCGCAUUACUCAUACGUUUAAUAUCGCAAACAAAAUAGCAUAUAUAGACAUGGUCCCUACUGCAGGUACUUUGAUAACGGUUCACCUCGAGGAAACCGUGGGUCCUGAUACUUCCAUUGCACAAUUGCGUGUCAAUAAAUAUUCACUCAAGGACACUGUUGCCAUGCGCUCCCCAUCUUUUACGGUGGCACUAAGCUCAAUUGCAGACCCAGCCUGGCAUGUGGAGAUAGAUGACACUUUGUCCUCCACAUUUGGAAAUGCGAUGGGGAUCUUAACAUUCGGGCGAGGUGAUUGUCUAACAGAAACGCCCGGUGAUAUUGCCGCCAUCACUUACAAUCAAGAAACUGGCAGCGUUAGCGUAAAUGUGGUGUCUACAGAGAAUACGCCGUUCAUCCCUAUAUGCAUGGCAUAUGUUGAUAGUAACAUCCUUUACUAUGUCAAGAACGACAAUGGUAAACCCGAGAUCUGGAUUUCCAAUCCAGAUGCCAGAAUCGCCCACCGCCCUGCCAGGUGUAUCAAUCCCCAGUUGCCUCGGGAGGCGUCAAAUAGAGUCUAUUCGCAUGGGACUAAUUUCACACUCAGAGGAGAUCGUGACUUCAUUUUAAUGGUUGAUCAGAACGGACUGAAAGUUUGGUGUUUUAACGACAACAUAAGUCUAUCAGGCGCCGUUCCAUUAUAA